AUGGCCCGCACAAAGCAGACGGCGCGUAAGUCGACGGGCGGGAAGGCGCCCCGCAAGCAGUUGGCCACCAAGGCGGCCCGCAAGAGCGCGCCGGCCACGGGCGGCGUGAAGAAGCCGCACCGCUACCGGCCCGGCACGGUGGCGCUGCGCGAGAUCCGGCGCUACCAGAAGUCCACGGAGCUGCUGAUCCGCAAGCUGCCCUUCCAGCGCCUGGUGCGCGAGAUCGCGCAGGACUUCAAGACCGACCUGCGCUUCCAGAGCUCGGCCGUGAUGGCGCUGCAGGAGGCGAGCGAGGCCUACCUGGUGGGGCUCUUCGAGGACACCAACCUCUGUGCCAUCCACGCCAAGCGCGUCACCAUCAUGCCCAAGGACAUCCAGCUGGCCCGUCGCAUCCGCGGCGAGCGCGCCUGAACCUUGUGCCCUGUCACUACCAAACCCAAAGGCUCUUUUAAGAGCCACUACCUGUACAAUAAAAAGAGCUGUUAAAGCUUUUAUAUUAUUACAUAUUUUUUCCACUUAAAAGAAACAGGACGGCGUGUUAAGGGGUAUGUUGCACAUACCAGAAAGUUUGGGCCUUAAGUGCUAUAUUAUAGUCCAGAAAAACAAAAUGGAAG